AGCCAUUCAAUGGAAGGAAGGUCUCGUCUUCCACCCCCCCACUGACAACUUCACUUUUUCUCAUUCAAGUCAAUUCCUCACAAUGCCGAGCCCAUUAGGCAAACGCAAGUCACGGGCUACAGUGGAGGAACCUGAGGCAGUCGCCGACGCCCAAGAACUCCUCAGGCAGCACUUCGAGGCGCGUUUCAAGCCACUCGCCGCUUCUCCCGCCGCCCGUGCCGCUCCAAAGAAGACAACCAACAACGAUGAGUCCGAUGGCGACGACACUGACGCUAGCCAGGAUGAUGACGAAAGUGAGGCCGAAUCGGACCAAUCCAACUCAGAAUGGGGAGGAGUUUCGGACGACGAGGAUGAGGACGAGGAGGACACCGAAGCACGCGUCGUCGAGGUAAUUGACCACACGUCGACCGCCUCAACCACAACCACGGCAAUGAGCAAACGGGAGCUCAAGGCUUACCUCUCCUCUCGCCCACCCGACCCCAGUCAGCUCGCGGCACAGACGACGAAUAACUCCAAAAAGACAUCUGCCGAUGGAGAACAGCCCGAAGACAGCGCCGCUUUCCUCGCCAACGAUCUGGCGUUGCAGCGGCUUAUUUCCGAGUCCCACAUCUUGUCGGCCGCCGGCGCAAAUCCAUCCCACUGGCAAUCUCAGCACGCCGCUGGCACCGCCACCAACGUACGCGCCUUUGCCGCUGGUCGUACGGCCCGGAAAACGACCGAUAUGCGAGUGCAGGCUCUGGGGGCCAAGCAGAGCAUCCUCAGCCAGUCCAAGAUGCCCAUGUCCAUGCGGAAGGGCAUUGUCGGCGCCGCUGCGGUGAAGGAAGACAAGAGGCGGAGAGAGGCGCGGGAAAACGGCAUCAUCCUCGAGCGGGAGGCGAAGAAGCCCAAAAUUACAAAAAAGAAGGGGAGAGGUGAGAGGCCAGUCGACCUCCCUGGUGUGGGCAGGAUGAAGGGUGCCGAGUUACGAGUCAGCGCCCGCGAGGCGCGCGAUAUUGCCGCUUCAGUGAGAGCGCCUGCUGGGAGAGGGAGGGGCAGGAAGAGGAGGUGAUUGUGCCCCGGCCAUGGUUACGCACGUAUCCUGCAAGCAAGCCAUCAUCUUGCACAGUGGACACUCUGCGCUCUAUCUGCGAGACUCCCCCCAGAGGAUCGUUCCCCCACAGUAUCCACCUGGGAAGAGGGUAAGGGCGAAAAGGCUCCUGCACUGGCAGCGCCGCGAUCCCCGCGCCGCCAUCUUCCAUGUCGACGGGUCAGCAAA